UCUAAAUGGAAAACGUAUUAGCAUUAUAAGUUCGAUAUAAAAGUCAGUGCCAGGCAGUUCAAGUUUUAGUAUCAAAUCGAAAAUGCAGCUGAGUAUUAUAGUAUUGCUCCUGUGCUUGGUGGCCGUUGCAAAUUCACUUGCACCAAGUCAACUGGCAUCAAAAACCCCAUCGCCUAAUGUAAGCAAGGAUCAGCCGUCGUCCAAGGAGGAGAAACCCAGUUUGAAGCCCUGCAAACCCAUCGAGACUGUGAGUUCAGAGCCAAAAGAACUAGGCAUUACUCCCAAGGUUGGAUUAAUUACUCCGGAAUCAGCUAAAACUACUGGCACAAGCGUGCAUAAAAGUCUGGAUGAUUGCGAACCCAUUCCCGAGGGUAUUGGAUCUCGAUUGAAUGCGAGAACUCUUCAAACACUCGUUACAAAAAAUAAUAACAACCCUCAUUUUCGUUGAGUAAAACAUGAAAAUCAUUAA